CCCCAACCUGACUCCACAAUCCUGGCCAUGUCCAUCACCUUCCUCUCUCUCUCUCUCUCUCUCUCUUCCCUCCCAGAAAAUAGAACUUCCCAUUUUCCAUCAAUCUUUUUUCGUUUCCGGGAAACUACUUUCCCAAGAGAAAGAUGUGUCUCUCCAUCUUCCUCCUGUGGCUUGUUAGCAUCCCUCUCUUUGCUCAUUCAAGCCCUGCCCCCAGAGGCUUUCUGAUCAACUGUGGAGCAUCAGAAGAGUCGACCUCAGGCAGCCUCAAGUACAUCCUGGACGACGGCUUCAUCUCCGUGGGGAACAAAACCGUCAUAAAGACCCCCAAUGCGUUGCCUGAAUUGACCACGUUGAGAUACUUCCCCGACAAGUCGGCGCGGAAAUACUGUUACGUGCUCCCGGUCAUCAAAGGCGGGAAAUACCUCGCGAAGACGACGUACUUCUACGGAGGUUUCGAUGGAGGGAAGGAGCCCCCGGUGUUCGAUCAGCUCGUCGACGGGACCAAGUGGAGUACGGUCAAUACCACAGAGGACUAUGCCAAUGGACUCAGCUCCUACUAUGAGAUCUUUGUGGCCGCCAUGGGGAAGACAUUGAGCAUUUGCCUCGCGAGGAACGAGCAUACAGUUUCCGACCCGUUUAUUUCGGUCCUAGAAGUGGUGUAUCUUGAGGAUUCACUGUAUAACACCAACGACUUCAAGAAGCAUGCACUUAGCACGGUUGCUCGGCACACUUUUGGUGAUAGCGAGGACAUAAUUCGGUAUCCAGACGAUGAAUUCGAUCGUUUCUGGCAACCGUUCACGAACGAAAACCCUGUCGUCAUGAGCCAGUCCAAAGUGGACACUUCUGAUUUCUGGAAUGUCCCCCCAGCAAACGCAUUUGCCACGGCAAUCACGACAAGCAGAGGGAAGACCCUUAAAGUCCAGUGGCCACCAGUUCCUCUCCCCAGCAGCAUAUUCUAUAUUUCUCUCUACUUCCAAGAUAACAGAUCGCCGAGCCCCUACAGCUGGAGGGUCUUCGAUGUGUCCAUAAAUGGCAAGAAGUUCUAUUCUGAGCUCAAUGUCACGGCCCGUGGAGUGACAGUUUACGCAACACAAUGGCCUCUCUCAGGGCAGACUGAAAUCUCCUUGACUCCAGGGGAUGGGAUACCCGUUGGGCCGUUGAUUAACGCAGGUGAGGUCUUGCAGAUACUGCCCCUAGGAGGGAGAACUCUCACAAGAGACGUGAUGGCCAUGGAAGAACUAGCGAGAAGCUUGAACAACCCGCCUUCUGAUUGGAGCGGCGAUCCAUGCCUACCUCAACAGCACUCGUGGACUGGAGUUACAUGUUCUCAAGGAAAGCUAGCCCGAGUCAUCAGUCUGAACUUAACAAAUGCUGGAUUGUCUGGGUCAUUGCUGCCAAGCAUAUCCAAUUUAACGGCACUCAAGAAUCUCUGGUUAGGAGGGAAUGAAUUGUCGGGGACCAUCCCAGAGAUGGAGUCGUUGAAGGCACUUCAGACGUUGCAUUUGGAGAAUAACAAAUUUGAAGGAUCGAUUCCUGAAUCGCUAGGUCAACUACCAAAUCUUCGCGAGAUAUUACUGCAGAAUAAUAAGUUGAAUGGUAGCAUUCCCGAUGCCCUACAGGACAAAAAUGGCAUAAAUCUACAGGUUUCUCCUGGAAAUGAUUGGUCAGAAUCAAGAUGAUGAUAGCGUGAUUGCUGUAGCAUCUGGAUCAACUGAGUCAUUGCCAUGCUUACAAGCUUGAGAUAGAAAAUGGGAAGUCUUUGCAAUUUAACAUGACACUAAUUGAAUGACAGGAUUGUAUGCCAAUGCUGAUAAUGCCACUAAUAGAGUUCUCUGGGACAUAUCAGAGGACCGAUAGAGCCUUCUUGGUUCUCUUCAUACCGUGGCAAGAGAGAGGGGUCAACAGGACUGUAUGCUAAAGCUCAUAAUGCCAUUGAUACUCACGCAACUUAUUAAAGACGAUCGAUUAUAGUCUAACUAUCAAUUCUUUAUAGAGAGUCUUGACUGGCAAA